AACAGCCUCCGCCCGGCUUGUUCCACGAUGUCCAAGGCCGAGGAGGCCAAGAAGCUGGCGGGCCAUGUGGCGGUGAAGAACCACGUGAGGAAUAACCAAGUUCUGGGAAUCAGAAGGGGUUCUACAAUUGUCCAUGCUGUGCAGCAAAUCGCGGAAAGAGUGAAGGAGGAGAAUCUGAGCGUCGUCUGUAUCCCUACCUCCUUCCAGGCCCGGCAGCUCAUCCUGCAGUAUGGCUUGCCCCUCAGCGACCUGGACCGACACCCAGAGAUAGACCUUGCCAUCGACAGUGCUGAUGAAGUGGAUGCUGACCUCAACCUUAUCAAGGGUGGUGGGGGCUGCCUGACUCAGGAGAAGAUUGUGGCCGGCUAUGCCAGCCACUUCAUCGUGAUCGCUGACUUCAGGAAAAAUUCAAAGAACCUUGGGGAUCAGUGGCAUAAGGGAAUCCCUCUUGAGGUCAUCUCGAUGGCCUACGUCCCAGUGAGCCAAGCUGUGACCCGGAAGUUUGGGGGUGAAGUUGAGCUUCGGAUGGCCAUCAACAAGGCAGGUCCUGUGGUGACAGACAAUGGGAAUUUCAUCCUGGACUGGAAGUUGGACCGGGUGCACAAAUGGAAUGAAGUGAACACAGCUAUCAAGAAUCCAGGUGUGGUGGACACAGGCCUGUUCAUCAACAUGGCAGAGCAAGUCUACUUUGGGAUGCAGGACAGCUCAGUGGAUAUAUGGGAGAGGCCACGGCUGAUCCUGCAGGGAGCGGAACGCUCGCUUUGAGUCUCCAGCCGCGUCAUGGUGGACACAGUGCCUCCUGCAGCCUUCGCCUUAACGUGACUGUGCCAGGGUGGACAGCUGGCCGCAAGGAGGGGCAGUGGAUUAGAUCCAGUCUUCUGAAGUAUUGUUAUUAUAUGUCUUUUUAAAAAAAGAGAUUUAAAAAUAUAUAUUUUUACUGUUAAACAUACUUUUUUAUAUAAAGUAGAACUUGAUUUCAUGUUUUAUAUAAAAUAUUUACCAAAAAAAUGGAGGGAAGGGGAGGGGUGGGACUGUCUUUGACACUUUUGACUUGAGCCUGUUGGUUAAGCUUCUUCUGAACAUUGGGUUUGCUGAGAAAUUAAAAUCAAAACUUUGAAGUUGGUG